UUACGGGAUACUUUUUUCUUACUGAAUAAUUUCUUGGACGGCUACUCUUUACUUUAACUUGAGUAGAAAUAUGUUGAAUUAGUUUCGGAUACUCCACCUCUGGCUAAGGAAAUCGAAACUCAGUCAAACCAAAGUAGCAGUAUUUUUUUAGACGACGGCUUCUUCAUGAUGCGUUCAAAGUUCCUUUUCUUUUUUUUUUACAUUCCUGUCGGUAAAGGACUUCUGUCGCGUUGUAGUGGUACUUCCGAGGUUUAGUGAAUGGAGCAACCAUAUUUGUUUCGUUUUCCCCACACUGGGCAGCACAAAUGACUCGGCGUGAGUAUUUAUGUCUGUGAGAAGCUGAGUUUCAGCUUACUAAUAGACUAUCCAACCAGACAUAAGAACCGUCUUAUAUGGUGUGUUCUGUGUAAUGGGUACACAGUCCUCUCUUGCCACUGUGCUGCUUGGUACCGGUCCAGAUCUCCCCCAGGUUUGGCAGCAGUAAUAACUGGGGUCUCGUCCUGGAUUUUGAGUCUCCUGUUAUGAGAGGUUGGCACCGAGACAACAGGAGACGUUUGAUAAAACUUCAGGGAAGGCUGCGUUGAAUAUAUCAUCCAGUGACCCAAAACAGUCUGUGAGACAUCAACAUGGCCAGCAACACUCCACGACAAGCACUGAUAUCCAACCUCAAGAAAAAGCUUAUUUCAUUGAGCAGAGAUCAACUACAGAUGAUUGCGUCUUUAACUGACGAUGGUCCCAUUCAUAAUGUUGAUGUUUUAAGUGCACGAGAACUGUACAACCUGAUUGUUCACUUCAUCAGAAGUGAACAACUGAGCUCAUUGGAGGAUGAAGGCAUGACUCAGCUGCAUCUCUUGGAUGACCUGAUUAGUGACCUGCUUGCCUGUAAUGUUGGUGCAGCUGGUGAUGACCCAUCCACACCUUUAAGAACACAAGAUGGAUCAGCCAGUCAGUCUGGAUGUCCUAAUCUCAGCUAUUCAGACCGGGAAUCUGCUCCUCCUGAUACAGACAUUCCCUUUCAGCCAACACAUACAACCAGCAAUGUCAAUACCCAAUCACCUGCGCACCUGGACAGUGACACUCAUACCCCCAUGUCCCAAACGGACAGGGAUUGCUCUCCAGCAAGACUCUCCACUGCUGCAACACCAGCAGAAUCACCUACAGAAAGAGAAAAUGAUCCUCAGAAGCAACAGGACCCACCAGCUCCGGACUCUGCUGAUAAAAAGUCACCAUCAGGAAGCAGCAAUGGAAACUUCUUCUCAAAGCCAGCAGGAAUAUUUUUCUUAGCAGGAUCUGCAGUCUUAGGGGGAAUCGGUGCAGUGGCGCUGGCUCCUGUUGUUCUGGGGGCCGUUGGUUUCACCUCAGCUGGGAUAGCAGCGGGUUCCUACGCUGCAAGCAUGAUGUCUGCUGCUGCCAUCGCCAACGGAGGAGGGGUGGCAGCAGGAGGCCUGGUGGCGGUUCUACAAUCUGCAGGUGCUGUUGGUCUCUCUGCGGCCGCCUCGACAGCUGUGGCUGGUGUUGGAGCUGGUGUUGGAGCUGGUAUUGGGGCCACUGCAGGGCUGCUGGCAGGCAACACCAACAAGCAAGAGGAGGUGAAUGAGGAAGGCAAAGAGAACAAGGAUAAGGAAGAGAAGAAUGAUGGGCAGGACAAGGAUAAGGAAGAGAAGAAUGACGGGCAGGACAAGGAUAAGAAAGAGAAAAAUGAGGGGCAGAACAAGAAUAAGGAAGAGAAGAAUGACGGGGAGGAGGAGAAAGAGGAGAAGAAUGAGGAGGAAGAGGAGUCAGACAGAGAGUACAAGAAGAAAAAAUAGAAGUAGAAGAAAGAAGGAUCAAAUAAAAAGACAAGAACUAGAAAAGUUUUGUUGCUAUUCUUGUCCCCACAUGAAUAGGUUGUUUUUUUCACUUACUAAUCUGCAUCAAGUUGUCUCAGUAUUGACAGUCUAUCCUUACAUUUACCACUUACUGGUUAUGUAAUUCAAGAGACCUCACACCACACAACUUCUAAUAUUAUUGAAACAAAACUGUUAAUCAUUUAACUAUGUAAUUAUAGUCCAUUAUGUAAAUAACUACAGUUUUGCAUUAACAUGUUUUCUUGCCUUCAUGUUGGACUUUGUUUCAACAAGAAAUGAGACAAAAUGCCAAAAUCUAAAGCAAUCAUCCUGUUUUGUUUCUUUUAAACUAUUUGUGUAAUAAACUUGUAAUUUUUAAAAUCUA